AUGGCGCUGACGCUCGGUGGUGUGCCUCACGGCCACAGCCACAGCGGUGGAGGUGGUCAUGGUGGCUAUGGCGGACAUUUGCACAGUGGCGACCACCACCACAAGAGUGAUCAGAGUGAGGUUGACAGUCACGGAAAUGAGGAACAUGCCCACUCACACGACGUCGCAGAGAGCGGCACCCGAUCGUACAGCAGCUCCAAGCACCAGGGAAAGGGCAACAUCAACGUGCGGGCCGCCUUUGUGCACGUUCUGGGCGACUUCUUUCAGAGUCUGGGUGUGUUGAUCGCCUCGCUGGUCAUCUACUUCUUUCCCGAGUACCACAUCAUCGACCCGAUCUGCACCUUCAUCUUCUCUGUCAUUGUCCUCUUCACCACCUUUACCAUCAUUCGCGAUGUGCUCAACGUACUGAUGGAGGGCAUCCCCAAGGGCAUCGACAUGCAGGAGGUGCAAAAGACGCUCUUCAACAUUCGCGGUGUCCGCAAGGUGCACAACCUUCGCAUUUGGUCGCUCAGUCUGGACAAAGCCGCCCUCAGCACACAUCUCGCCAUUGAAAAAGGAUACGAGCCGAGCAAGAUUCUCAAUGACGCUCUGCGGGAGGUCAAAUCACGCUACGACAUCUUUGAGUUGACCAUUCAAAUUGAGCAGUACCAGAAUGAAAUGCGGGACUGUGAAAGAUGUAAUUAA